AUGAUGCCUCGUAAGGGAAGAAAGCAUAAUCAAAUUCUCACUCCUGAUGUCCUUAGCAACCUCCCUGAUAAUGUAAUCGACGUUAUUCUGGUGCGUUUGCCUUGUAAAGAUGCUGUGAGGACAAGCAUCUUAUCAAAGAAAUGGAGGUAUCACUGGUGCAGACUUACAGAAUUGACGCUUGAUGAAUCUCAUUGGCCAACAGAAGAGGAUUGCCGAGACCCUACAAUUAAAUUUUCAAAGAUUAUCUACCAGUUUUUUACCCUUCAUGAAGGACCUAUUACUAAGUUUACGCUCAACCUUGUUGAUCUGGGAAGUACUCCUGAGAUUGACAACUUCAUAUAUUUCCUCUCAAGGAAUGGCAUUCAACAUCUUGUUCUUCACUUUGCAUGGGAUAUGGAAUGCAAAUUGCCUUCUUCACUUUUCAUGUGUUCGCAACUGAGGCAUCUAGAUCUUCAUGGAUGCUCACUACAUCCUCCAUCUGUCUUUACAGGAUUUGAUAGGUUAACUAGCCUGGAACUUCGUGAAGUCACAAUUUCUUCUGAAUUCCUCAAAAGUUUGAUAUCUCAUUGCCCGUUGCUUCAGCAGUUGGUGCUGAAUAUGUUGAAUGUCUAUGAAAUGUUUAACAUAAUUGAAAUUAAUGCCCCCAUGCUGAGAUCGUUUGAUUUCUCAGGCUAUAUAAGUUCUAUCUGCCUAAAGAAUGCCCCUCUUCUGGUAAAAGUGUCUCUGACAUGUUAUGAUAAUGUCGAGGAUCUUGAUUUUGCAAAAAGUUUCGAGUCUUGUUCUGCUCUCGAGCACCUCCUCUUGGACCUCUCUUAUACUGAGAUCUUUGAUGAAGAAGCUUAUGAAGCACCAACAAGGCUUUCCUCUGAUUUUAACUGUGUCAAACGGUUUUACCUGCCUGAUAUUAUGCUGGUGGACUCAUAUAAGCUCUCACUUGCUCUCUGCUGGAUAAGAAGCUUCCCAUAUUUAGAAUAUCUUGAAAUUGAGGUAUACAAUAUUUUUGGUGGUGGUACUGGAGAAUCCCUUGAACUCAAACGUUUGUCAGACAUGACAUUUAAUCACCUUAGAGAAGUUAAGCUACAAUUCGGUACACGAGGAAUGUCGCAGAUGCAGCUUAUCAAGCUUUUGUUAGCCAACUCACCGGUGUUGGUGAGAAUGCUAAUCAAUACACGUUAUCUAGAUGAUGGAACUCCUGACACAAGAUUAAAAAUAUUCCCUGAGAUAUCAAAUUUUUUGCGUGCAUCACCUAAAGUUGAAGUAGUCUACAAAAAUUCUAUAAGUUAA